CCCUCCCUGGAGGAUUCUGCGGUCUCCUCUGUCCCUUUGUCACCCCCUCAUCCCCCCUGCCACCUGCUGUUGUCCCCCCUCCCCCAUCCAUCCUCAGUCCCCUCCACCCCUCUGUCACCUCCCUCUUUCCUGCCACACCCUCCUGUCCCCUCUGUCACUCCUGUGUCCUCCCACGCCAGGAAUGUCGCACCUCGUGGGGCUCCAUGGCUGGUGGGGACACUCUGGGAACACUCUGGGGACAGUCUGGGGACAUUCUGGGGAUACUCCGGGGACACCUUGGGGACACUCUGAGGACACACUGGGAGUACUCCAGGGGACAAACACACCCAGGUGACAGUUGGGGACAUGCAGGAACGUGGCACAGCCGGAUGGAGCAAGCGGGAAGAGGUGACCUCACUGCCUCACCCUGACUGCCCCCCCGACCUGUGGGGCCAGGACAGGGUCACCAAUGUCCCCUCAAUGUCCCCAACGGGACCCCAAUGUCCCUUGAGCAUCUCCACAUGGCCCCAGUGUUGCCCCAAUGUCCCCAACAAGGCCCAAGUGUCCCCCUGAUGUCCGGUUGGGGACACUGGGGACACACGGGGGUCCAGUUGGGGACCUUGGGGACACCCCCAUGUCCUUUCCAUGGGGACACCGGGGCUGUCCUGACAUCCCCUUUCCCAUUUUGGAUCACCAUGAUGUCCCUGAUGUCCCCACAGUGUCCCCAACAGGACCCUGCUGUGUCCCCAGUGCCCCCAACAGGACAUCGGGGGACUCUUGGGGCUUGUUGGGGACCCUGAGGGGACAUUGGGGUCUUGCUGGGGACCCUUAGGGCACAUGGGGGUCCCGUUGGGGAUAUCAGGGGGGCAUCAGGGCCCCGUCUUUGCCCUACUGGCAGGGGGGGGAAGUGACAUCGCGUCUUCCUGUUUCUCCUAUCUGGCCGCGUCAGCUUCCUGUGUGUCCCCAGCUGCCACCCGGGUGUGUUUGUCACCCGGAGUGGCCCCAGAGUGUCCCUGGAGUGUCCUCAAGGCAUCCCUGGAGCGGCCAUGGAGCCCCUCGAGCUGUCCCCUGCCCUGCUGCAGCCACAGGUCACCGUGGUGGCCAUCCUGGGCGAGCUGCUGGCCACCCUGCCCAGCCUGGACGAGAUGCUGUUCGUAUCCCCAAAGCGCCAGUACUCGGACCUGGAGAACUUCACCAGGGAGCUCCGGGUCACCCUGUACGGCACUGAUGACACCUGGUGGCGCCGCAGUGUCACCUCCGAUGGUGAUGACCCUCCUGCCUCCCUGAGCCCUGGCCGCCUACAAGCGCACCCCGUGGACCUCCUGGGAACAUGUGACAAUGGAGGCCUGGCGCUGGCAGCGGUCAGUGGAUGUGCUUGUGGACAGGUGGGCCCAGCUGGCCAGGAAGGCCACCCAGCUCCACAAUGCCUGCAGGGAGGUGGCCUCUAAGUCAGGCUACAGAGUGGCCACUGCCCGGGCCAGGGAGCUGCAGGCCGAGGCUGCCCGUGAUGGGACAGCUCAGGAACACAUGGUGGAGCUGGGUCAGGCCCUGGGCGGGGAGGAGGGGGCUGGGGGGGUGGCUGGGCAUGAAGCCCAGGUGAGGACAGAUGCCAGGGUGGCUACCAGCGAGGCAAGAAGGGCCAGCACGGUGAGACAGCAGAUGGAGGUGGCCCUGGGGCUGCUGGAGCGCUUGGUGGCCACGUGUGACGAAGCCACCGCCUUCCCUCGGGAGCUGCAGCGCCUGCUCAGGGACAUUGAGGCCGUUCUGAUAGGGACAAAUGACAUGUCCCCCAAUGUCCCCGAGGCCUUGGUGGCCAAGGUGGCCGAGGCUGAGCGGCUGUGGGAGGCCAGUGCCCGCCUGGCCAAGGAUCACCUGGAGGGGACACUUGACAACAUCAUCAAGUUCUAUUUCACUGGUGGUUGUGCCAGCCCCUGUGCCUGUGGGGUGGCUGAACGGUGCCAAAGAGCCACCGAGGACAUCCCAAGGCUCGUUCAAUCCCCAGCAAGUCCCCAAGGUGUCCCCGAAGUGUCACCAGUGAGCAUGGAGAUCCAAGAGCUGACCCCGGCCCUGCUGCAGCCACAGGUCACCGUGGUGGCCAUCCUUGGCGAGUUGUUGGCCACCCUGCACAGGCGGGACAAGACACUGCCCAUGUCCCUAAGGUGCUUGUGCUGGGACCUGGAGAAAUUCACCAGGGAGCUCCGGAACAGCCUGUACUGCACUGAUGACCCCUGGUGGCGCCGCAAUGUCACCUCCAAAGAUGAUGAUCCUCUCACCUCCCUGAGCCAGGCCCUGGCCGCCUACAAGAGCACCCCAUGGACCACCUGGGACCAUGUGACACAGGCAGCCAGCAAGUGGCACAGGUCGGUGGCUGUGCUAUUGGACAGGUGGGCUGACCUGCCCUCGGCAGCCACCUGGCACCACAACACCUGCAGGAAGGUGGCCACUGAGAUGGCUGACAUGGCGGCCACCGCCACUGCCCGGGCCAGGGAGCUGCAGGAUGAGGCUGCCCGUUAUGGGACAGCUCAGGAAAACAUGAUGGAGCUGGUUCUGGCCCUGGGCGGGGAGGAGGGGGCUGAGGUGGUGGCCGGGCAUGAAGCCCAGGUGAGGAGAGAUGCCAGGGUGGCUGCCAGCGAGGCAAGAAGGGCCAGCACAGUGAGACAGUGGGUGGAGGAGGCCCUGGGGCUGCUGGAGCGCUUGGUGGCCGCGUGUGACGAAGCUGCCGCGUUCCCUCGGGAGCUGCAGCGCAGGGUUGGGGACAUCGAGGCCACCCUGGAGGGGGCAAAUGAGGCAUCCCCCAAUGUCCCCGAGGCCUUGGUGGCCAAGGUGGCUGUGGCUGAGCAGCUGUGGGAGGCCAACGCCCGCCUGGCCAAGGAUCACCUGGAGGGGACACUUGACGACAUCAUCAACUUGUAUGUCAAUGGUGGUCCUGAGAGCCCCAGUGGGGUGGCCGAGCGGUGCCAAAGAGCCAUCGAGGACAUCCCAAGGCUCCUUCGACCCCUGAAGCAUCCCCAAGGUGUCCCCAAGGUGUCCCCACUGUCCCCAACCCUGCUGCAGCCACAGGUCACCGUGGUGGCCACCCUGGGCGAGCUGCUGGCCGCCCUGCCCAGGCGGGACGAGGAGAUGCUGCCUGUGUCCACAUUGCGUCUGUACUGGGACCUGGAGGAAUUCACCAGGGCCCUCUGGGACACCCGGGACUGCACUGAUGACCCCUGGUGGCACUGCAAUGUCACCUCUGAUGAUGAUGACCCUGUCACCUCCCUGAGCCAGGCCCUGGCCACCUACAAGAGUGCCCCAUGGACCCCCCGGAACCACAUGACAAUGGUGGCCAGCAAGUGGCAGGGGUCAGUGUCUGAGCUCGUGAAAAGCUGGGCCAAGCUGGCCAGGGCAGCCACCGAGCUCCGCAACACCUGCAGGGAGGUGGUCACUGAGGCAGCCACUGAGGCGAUCACCGCCACCACCCGGGCCAGGGAGCUGCAGGACGAGGCUGCCUGUUAUUGGAUAGAUCAGGAAAUCAUGAUGGAGCUGGGUCUGGCCAUGGACUGGAUUGAGUGGGCUGUGAUGGACACCGAGCAUGAGGCACAGGUGAGAAGAGAUGCCAGGGAGGCUGCCAGCCGGGCAACAAUGGCCACCAUGGUGAGACAGCGGGUGGAGACGGCCCUGGGGCUGCUGGAGCGCUUGGUGGCCGCGUGUGCCGAAGCCACUGCGCUCCCCCAGGAGCUGCAGCUCAGGAUUGGGGACAUUGGGGCCGCCCUGGAGGGGACAAAUGAGGCAUCCCCCAAUGUCUCUGAGGACUUGGUGGCCAAGGUGGCCGUGGCCGAGCGGCUGUGGGAGGCCAACGCCCGCCUGGCCAAGGAUCACCUGGUGGGGACACUUCAAGACAUCAUCGACUGCUACUUCGGCUGUGUUCCCAACAACCCCCAUUGCCACAGGGUGGCUGAGUGGUGUCAAAGAGCCAUCGAGGACAUCCCAAGGCUCCUUCGACCCCCAGAGCGUCCCCAGAGUGUCCCCAAGGUGUCCCCAGUGAGCAUGGAACUCCAAAAGCUGUCCCUGGCCCUGCUGCAGCCACAGGUCACCGUGGUGGCCAUCCUAGGCGAGCUGGUGGCCACCCUGCCUAGUCAGGACGAGAUGAUACUGUUACUUAUGGCCCCAAGAUGGCUGUACUGGGACCUGGUGGACUUCACCAAGGAGUUCCAGACCACCCAGUACUGCUUUGAUGACACCUGGUGGCACAAUGUCAUCUCCGAUGAUGAUGAUCCUGUCACCUCCCUGAGCCAGGGCCUGGCCUCCUGCAAGAGCACCCCAUGGACCACCCGGAUGCGUGUGACAAUGGUGGCCAGGAAGUGGCAGCGGUUGGUAGCUGUGCUUAUGGACAGGUGGGCCGAGCUGGCCAGGAAGGCCACCAAGCUCCGCAACACCUGCAGGAAGGUGGUCAAUGAGGCGGCCUACAGGGUGACUGCCUUCACUGCCCAGGGAAGAGACCCGCAGGAUGAGGCUGCCCGUGAUGGGACAGCUCAAGAAAACAUGGUGGAGCUGGGUCAGGCCCUGGGCGGGGAGGAGGGGGCCGAGGUGCUGGCUGGGCAGGAAGACCAGGUGAGGACAGAUGCCUGGGUGGCUGCCAGCAAGGCAACAAUGGCCACCAAGGUGAGACAGCGGCUGGAGGUGGCCCUGGGGCUGCUGGAGCACUUGGUGGCCGUGUGUGACGAAGCCACUGCCUUCCCCCGGGAGCUGCAGCACAGGGUUCGGGACAUCAAGGCCACCCUGAAAGAGAUAAAUGAGGCAUCCCCCAAUGUCCCCGAGGACUUGGUGGCCAAGGUGGCCGUGGCCGAGCGGCUGUGGGAGGCCAACGCUCGCCUGAUCAAGGAUCACCUGGUGGGGACACUUGAUGACAUCAUUGAUUUCUUGUUCACUGAUGAUUCUGCCAACCCCAGUGCCCGUGAAGUGUCUGAGCGGUGCCAGAGAGCCAUCGAGGACAUCCCAAGGCUCCUUCAACCCCCGGAGCAUCCCCAGAGUGUCCCCAAGGUGUCCCCAGUGAGCACGGAGCCCCAAGAGCUGUCCCCGUCCCUGCUGAGGCCACAGGUCACUGUGGUGGCCAUCGUGGGUGAGCUGCUGGCCACCCUGCCCUGGCGGGAUGAGGAGAUGCUGCCCAAAUCCCCGGAGUGCCUGUGCUGGGACCUGAUUUGCUUCACCCAGGAGCUCCGGGCCACCCUGCACCGCAUUGAUGACACCUGGAGGCGCCAAAAUGUCACCUCCGUUGAUGAUGACCCUCUCACCUCUGGUGAUGAUGAUCCUCUCACUUCCGAUGAUGAUGACCCUCCCACCUCUGAUGAUGAUGAUCCUCUCACUUCCGAUGAUGAUGACCCUCCCACCUCCCUGAGCCAGCCCCUGGCCGCCUGCAAGAGCACCCCAGGGACUACGUGGGACCAUGUGACAAUGGCAGCCAGCAAGUGGCACAGGUCAGUGUCUGUGCUUGUGAACAGCUGGGCCCGGCUGGCCAGAAAGGCCACCAAGCUCCGCAAUGCCUGCAAGAGGGCGGUCAAUGAGGCGGCCUACAGGGUGGCCGCCUUCACCGCCUGGGAGAGGGACCUGCAGGACAAAGCUGCCCGUUAUUGGACCGCUCAGGAAGACAUUCUGGAGCUGAGUCAGGCACUGGGCAGGGAGGAGGGGGCCAAGGUGGUGGCCAGGCGUGAAGCCCAGGUGAGGGAAGAGGCCAUGAAGGCUGCCAGCGAGGCAAGAAGGGCCACCAUGGUGAGACAGAGGAUGGAGGUGGCCCUGGGGCUGCUGGAGCGCUUGGUGGCCGCGUGUGACGAAGCCACCAUGUUCCCCCGGGAGCUGCAGCGCCUGCUCAGGAACAUCGAGGCCCCCCUGGAGGGGACAAAUGAGGGGUCCCCCAAUGUCCCCGAGGCCUUGGUGGCCAAGGUGGCCCUUGCCAAGCUUCUGUGGGAGGCCAACAUCCGUGUGGUUAAGAAUCACCUGGUGGGGACAGUUGAAUACAUCAUCAAGUUCUAUUUCUUUGGUCAUCGCACUGGCCCCAGUACCUGUGUUGUGGCUGAGCGGUGCCAAAGAGCCACCGAGGACAUCACAAGGCUCCUUCGACCCCAGGAGCGUCCCCAAGGUGUCCACAAGGUGUCCCCAGUGACCAUGGAGCUCCAAGAGCUGCAGGCACUUGUGGCCGUGGUGGCCACCCUGGGAGAGCUGGUGGCUACCGUGACUGGGCCACACAGAGCCAAGUGCCUGCACAAGUCCCCAGACUCCCUGCAAGAGGACCUGAGGAGAUUCACCCGGAGCCUUCAUGCGAUCCUGGACCACGGCAGUGUCACCUCCCUGAGCCACUGUGGUGUCUCCUCCCUGGGCCAGGCCCUGUCUGCACUCAAGGUCACCCCUGGGACCACCUGUGCCUGUGCCAGUGUGAGAGCUGCAGCCAGCGCCUGGUGGGAGUUGGUGGCCAGGCUCGUGGACAGCUGGGACUGGCUGGCCAGGGAGGCCACCGAGCUCCGUGACAACCACAGGAAGAUGGUCACGGAGCAGCAGAUGAUGGUGACCCUGGACAAGGAAGAGGUGGCCUGGGAAAUGGCCACGCACGAUGCCCAGGUGGUGUCAGCCACCAAUGAGGCCAUGGCAGAGGCUGGGGUGGCCACCAGGAGAGGACAUUGGGUAGUGAUGGCCCUGGGGCUGCUGCAGCGCUUGGUGGCCACGUGUGACAGAGCCACCUUGUUCAACUGGAUCAUGGAGUGCCAGCUCAAGGACAUCGAGGCCAUCCUGAAGGGGAUAAAUGAGGUGUCCCCUGAAGUCCUGCAGGCCUUGGUUGCCAAAGUGGCCGAGUUUGAGCGGCUAUGGGGGGCCAGCACCCGCCUGGCCAAGGAUCACCUCUUGGGCGCACUUGGAGACAUCCACGACCUCCUCUUGAGUCCCUGUGGUGACCAUGGUGGCCCUGGUGGCCCCAGCAGCCGUGCGGUGGCCGAGCGGUGCCAAAGAGCCAUUGAGGACAUCCCAAGGCUGCUGCUGGGACAGUGAUGUCACUGCUGUGACAUCAUCGGGGCAGUGAUGUCAUUGGAGAGACUUGUGGACACUUGAGUGCUACCAGCUUCUCGAGUGCCACCAAGAGCUCCUCAAGCACCACCAGUUCCUCAAGUGUCACCAGCAACUCGUGUCACCAAAAGCUCCCUAAGUGCCACCAGCUCUUCGAGUGCCAGCAGCUCCUCGUGUCACUAAGAGCCCCUCAAGUGCCACCUGCCUGGGACAGAACUGGUGCCACUGGGCUGGUGGUAGUGCCAUGUCCCUGGUGCCAUGUGUGCGGUGUCCCCGUGUCCCCACAGAUGGGACACGAGAGGUGGCACAGGGGCACGGGGGUGGUAGGAGCAGACAGGGGGUUGCAAAGGGAUGGAGGGGACAGCAGAGCCCUCCAGGGUGGGGACAAGGGGGACCCUCGGAGGUCACAAGUGCCACCAGGUCCCUGACAUCUCCCCUGUCCCCUCCACAGCUGGAGGUGAUGGUGGCCAUGGUGGCCACCCUGGGCAAGCUGGUGGCCACCACGACCAGGCCACACCAGGCCAAGUGCCUGCGCAUGUCUCCAAACUCCCUGCAUGAGGACAUGAGGAGACUCACCCGGAGCCUCCAUAGGACUGUGAACCACGGCAGUGUCACCUCCUUGGGCCACCGUGGUGUCCCCUCCCUGGGCCGGGCCCUGGCCACCCUCAGAGCAACACCUGGGACCACCUGGGCCGAUGUGAGAGCUGUGACCAGCGCCUGGCAGGAGUCGAUGGCCAGGCUCGUGAACAGCUGGGAUCAGCUGGCCAGAGAGGCCACCGAGCUCCGUGACUCCUGCAGGGAGGUGGCCACUGCUGAGGCCGCUGUUGCAGCCACCACCAAGGCCAGGGACUGGCAGGACACGGCCGCCUGCUUGGGGACAGCUCCGGAAAACAUGGUGGCCAUGGAACAGGAGCUGCCACUGGCCCUUGGCAGGGAGGAGGGGUGUCGGCAGUGGCGUCGUUUGAGGCCCGGGUGGUGGUGGCCACAACAAGGUGCUGGCGGCCACCAUGGCCAUGGGAGGGGCUGUGGUGACCCAGAGCCAGGCAUUGAUGGCCACCAGGAGGGGACAGGAGGUGGAGGCCACCCUGGGGCUGCUGGAGCACUUGGUGGCCGCGUGUGACAAAGCCACCGCCUUCCCCCGGGAGCUGCAGCGCCUGCUCAGGGACAUCGUAGACACCAUGGAGGGGACAGAGGAGGAGUCCCCCGAUGUCCCCGAGGCCUUGCCAGCCAAGGUGGCCGUGGCUGAGCGGCUGUGGGUGGCCAACACUCGCCUGGCCAAGGAUCACCUGCUAGGGGCACUUGAUGACAUCAACAACAUCUUCAGUUGUGAUUCCAACAGCUCCAGUGCCCCUGUGGUGACUGAGAAGUGCCAAAAAGCCAUCAAGGGCAUCCCGAAGCUGCUGCAGGGAUGGUGAUGUCACUGCCAUGACAUCAUCACAGUAGUGACAUCCUCAGGGGCAUUGCUGCUGUCACCUGUGCCCUCCCCGUGCAGUAUUUGAGACAAAUUUGGGGAAUUUUCUGGGAUUUCUCAUUGAUACUGUCCCAAAUCCUGAUGGGAAUUCCAGGGGUGACGUCACUGGGGACACUCAGGGACACUCAGGGACAGGGGACAGGGGUGAAUGAGUCCCCUCAGCAGCUUCCAGCUUUCCACUGUGCCUGCAGCAGAGCCAGGUCAUAAAUUGCAAUUUUAUAAAUUGCUUCUGCAAUUCUGCAUUGGUUUCUACACUUUUGUAUUGCCAUUUACACAUUGCUAUUGAUCACCAGAAAUUUGAUAUGGUAUUUGAUACUGCUAUUAUCAGUGAUUCCUUGUAGCUGCUGGUUGGUGCAAUAUAAUCUAUCAGUUCAUGUGUGCACCGUACAGCCUAUAAAUAAAUAUUUAAAUAAAUAAAUAAAUAAACAAAUGAUUAUUCUCUAUAUA